UCUUUCGUAUUCACCGAAUCCGUAAAGAGACUCCUCUGCAAUGGCACCGAAAACCAGUGGUAAAGCCGUCAAGAAGUCUGGCAAAGCCCAGAAAAACAUCUCCAAGAGCGACAAGAAAGGCAAGAAGAAGAGGAGGAAGGAAAGUUACGCCAUCUACAUCUACAAGGUCUUGAAGCAGGUUCACCCUGACACCGGUGUGUCCUCCAAGGCCAUGAGCAUCAUGAACAGCUUCGUCAAUGACAUCUUUGAGCGCAUCGCCGCUGAAGCUUCCCGUUUGGCUCAUUACAACAAGAGAUCGACCAUCACCUCCCGGGAGAUCCAAACUGCCGUCAGGCUUCUGUUGCCUGGUGAGCUUGCCAAGCACGCCGUUUCUGAAGGCACCAAAGCCGUAACCAAGUACACCAGCUCGAAGUAAAUUACCUUGCUCUUUUGAUCCACCUAAACAAUCGGCCUUUCUCAAGGCCACCACAAACUAACGAGGACUAAACUAAAUUUGCCACGAACAUUACGAGAUAAUUUUUAUCUUGAAAUUCAUUGGAAUUAUUUUACAAUCUUCAAUCCCUUUUUCAACCUUGAUUAAAUUAUUUUUAGACCACGGAGAAUGAAAUACAUCAUACUUGCAGCAAAAAAAAGACCCGACGCUCGUUCUA